CUUUCGUGACACUUCCGCAAACUUUUGUUUUUUUUUCCACUCCCUGUCCUUAGUUUUGGUCGGACUUUUCAUCAAAGCUCUCAAUCACAAAAAAAUAUCCUUUUAUAAAAUGAGUGAUAUAAAGCUAAACGACGCAAAUCAAGUGGGGGACAACGCGGAGGAAACAGACUGGGCGGCGGCCAAAGCGUUUUUCGAACAACUUAAAACAAACAAACCCAGACCGCCCAAACCCAGGUUUGCUGUCACCAUCGCAGUGUCCUCCAGGACCCUCUUCAACAUGGUGGCAGAGAGGCAGAUCUAUGAGCAGGAAGGAGUGGAAAGCUACGUUGCCUAUCAAAUGGAGCACGAGAAUGAACCUUUCAAGCCGGGACCUGCUUUUCCGUUCGUCAAGGCACUGAUGACGGUCAACGCUCGACUGAGGGAGCUUUACCCAGACAGCGAGGAGUUGUUCGAUAUUGUUCUCAUGACUAACAAUCAUGCCCAAGUGGGAGUGCGCCUCAUCAACAGCAUCAAUCACUACGAUUUGACCAUCGAAAGAUUCUGUAUGACUGGAGGGAAAAGUCCAAUAGGCUACUUGAAAGCCUACAUGACCAAUUUGUAUCUCUCUAAGGAUGCUGAGAAGGUCACAGAGGCCAUUGACGAAGGCAUUGCCGCGGCCACAAUGUUCAUGCCUGAGAAGGAGAACGAGCUUUGCGACAAUCAACUUAGGGUGGCUUUCGAUGGCGACGCCGUCCUCUUCUCGGAUGAGUCCGAGAUCAUCGUUAAGCAAAGUGGCUUGGACAGCUUUUUUGAACAUGAGAAGAAGUUUGAGAACAAACCGCUUGCUCAGGGCCCUCUGAAAUGCUUCCUGGAGGCUUUGGGGAAACUCCAGAGAAAAUUCUACGUCAAGAACGAGCGUUUGAAUUGUCCAAUCAGAACCUACCUGGUCACCGCACGUAGCGCCGCCAGCUCAGGGGCUCGAGUGCUGAAGACCCUCCGGAGCUGGGGCCUGGAGGUGGACGAGGCUCUCUUCCUGGCCGGAGCCCCCAAAGGGCCACUGCUAGAGAAGAUAAAACCACACAUCUACUUUGACGACCAGAUGUUUCACAUCGAGGGGGCCAAAGAACUGGGCACCAUUUCCGCCCAUGUCCCCUACGGAAUUGGACAGAAGUACCACAAGGGCAAACUCAUCGAGGAGCCCAAAAAGGAGUAAACUGCAAAAGGGGAAAAAGGUUGAAAUAUUGAAUUUGUACUACACUAUUAUGCUUGUGAUCAUUUUGCUGGAGACUUUUGCUAGGUAUUAUGUAUUUUUUAAAAUAACUUUUGAAAAUGCAUCACUGUAUAUUUUUAGAACAAGAGCUUCACUAGCCACUACAGUUUCACAAAAUCUUGUAGCAUGUCGUACUGAAAGUCCUUUUAUUUUGUAGAUUUUUGCUACUCCAUUCAUCCUGAAUGAUGACAUAUAAUAUUAAAUAAAGCAUAGGUAUUAAAAGGUAAACACACAUGCUAACUGUUUGGUAAUAAUGUUGCUCAUUUGUUUGUUGUUUAAAUAUAUUUUUGAAGUAUUUGUUAUUUAGCUUGUCUGCUCACUCUAAGAGGCCCUGGUUUUAAAUGUUGGAAGAUCUUUUUGUGUUUGCGUGUUGCCGCUGUACUUCUGCAAGUUUCCUUGUGGUACUCUAGCUUCUGACCACAUCCCCCUAAAUAUGUUAUUUGAUUGAUGAACCUGAAAUGACCUGUAAUGGGCUAGUGACCAAUCCAGGGUGAAAUAGUCUCAAGAUCAUCUGCAACUCUGCGAGGUUAAGAGGCAGAGAAAACAGAUGGAUAGUUGAUCUUUUACAAUUUACAACACUGAACCUGUUUGUCUUCAUUACUUGUUUUGCUUUACAUGCACACUCCUAACUUUUGCAGUCAGACUGUGCGUUUAUACUGUUGCCCAUUUCUAUUUUAUGUUAAUGUGUGUGUGACAGUAAGGCAAGAAUGUGUUUUACAUAACACGAAUAUCAAGAUGAAUUUGCUACUCUACAUUGAACAGAUUUUACUUGUCAGCACUUACACAAGUAGACUUUUAGGGUUGUUUUUACCUCAUUACGGUUACAUAAAAGUAACUAGUAAUUUUAUUUAGUCAUUAAAAGAAAAAUACAUUUUGUUUUGCAUCUUUGAAAUAAACAGUCAAUUUUAUUAUUUCACUUUGUGUUUU